GGCGGUGGGGGAGUGGACUCGACUGGCAGGGCUGGAAAAGGUUUUGCCAGAGAUCCAGGCAUAGAGGAGUUGGACCAGGAAGAUUGUGCCAGGUUGGCCGUCUGAAUUAAAGGUAGCCAGCUCUGGCAGGGAGGAAGGGAAGGAGGCUUGCGUCCAGUCCCCUGGCACCCCAGCUUGAGUCUGUAUUGGCUGGGAGGGGACCAGACCUCAAGGGAAGGAAGCAGAAAUCACAGGAAACCUGGAAGCCUGUGAUACUAGCCUGGGUCAAGCAAGAGGUUUGGGGAUCAAGGCUCUUAGCCAGUGGGCCCCGGCCUGAGGCUGCCUCAGCAAGCGAGGCAUGUGAGGCGCUGAGGGCAUGGCCCUGUGUGAGGUGAGGCUCGGUUGCCGAGCGACCAUCCCUGGGCAGCCACCUGCUGUCAGAAAGGCUCUGCUUGCUGCGCUCACCCCUCAGCUGCAGUCACCCUGGUCCUGCUCCUUCCUUCGCCACCAUGUCUCGGCAACUUAACAUGGACACGGUGCGGCAGAACUUCUGGAAGGAGCAGUAUCUGAGGGAGAAGGUGUUGCGCUGUGAAUGGCACCGCAAGUAUGGGUCGAUGGUGAAGGCCAAGCAGAAGGCUAAGACUGCAGCCCACGUACCCCUCAAGCUGCCCACCCUGCCCCCCAAAGCCCCACUCUCACCCCUGCCCGCCCCCAAAGCCGUUCCUUCCGAGGCCCCCAGCCCUGCCCUGGAGGCUCCUAUUCAGCCAGAAAUGUACCCAGUCCUGCCUGCCACCCGGGCCCUGCUGUAUGAAGGCAUCUCCCACGACUUUCAGGGCCGCUACCGCUACCUCAACACCCGAAAACUGGACAUGCCAGAGAGGCGCUACCUCUUCCCCAUCACCACCAACUUCACAUAUGGCUGGCAGCUGGGCCCCCCAGUGAAGCAAGAACUGGUCUCCUGCAAGAUGUGCCGCAUUGAAUCUUUCUUCCGCAAGAAUGGGGCCUUCGCACUGCUUGACCCCCGGGACCUGGCCCUCUGA